CUUCCUAGGGGGAACCGCCUAUCGUCGUCCCGACGUCAUACUGUGCAUUUGUUCACUUGACCGAGAACGCAAACGAUCACGCACAGGCCCGUCACGUAUGUGCUUACCAAGCAAAAUCGAAUAUUCAACCAAUUAGGUCGAAUACCGGUCAAGUGCAGUUGUAAAUUCGUAAUCGCGAGUGACAGAUACAGUGUGACAGAUCAUGAGUUCAUCCAGGUCAUAAUUGCGGUGUGAUCCAACGAGUACCGAAUACUCGCGGCAAGUAAUCAACAAACGAAUUUAUAUCCGUCAUAAGACAUUUACAAAUCGAACAAUUUUUUUAACGACAUUGCUAAAUUGCUACUUACAACGAUACAAGAAAGACCUAGAAGAAUACCGAUGUUACAAGGUCAACGAUGUGAUCUGCAGUGUGAGAUUCGUACCAACGAAAUUUAAGAAAACAAAGAAAUAUGACCAAUUUCAUGGAUCAUGGUAUUAAAUAUCUCAGAUAAUACCUGAUAUGUUAAAAUUAAUCGUUAUCGAAAUUAACGUUUGCGUAUAAGUAAUGUGAGACGUGUAAUGCGAGAUACGUGGGACGUGUUCCUUUAUCAUCAUGCGUUAUCACUCGUUUCACCAGUUCUCAUUCGGACAUAGCCGAGAAUUAUUGGUAACACAAGUGUUUCCUAUCCGGUGCGCAGAUGUGUACACACCGAGGCGUUUUACGUUUCAUGCCGCGAUGUCAUAAGAGACACGUCGACAAAUGUGAUGGCAACGAAUACGAGACGUGAAUGUUUCAUCGUGAAUGUUUCUUCGACGUGAGUAAUGUUCAAUCAACUCGACAUGAUAAACUUCCAUCAUAAACAUGUUCUCAUCAUCUGUACAUUACUUAAUAAUCUUCGGAUUUAUUAUAAUAAAACGUUAAUUAAAUAUUAUGUACUUUUAAACUAAUUGAAACGUGUCUGUGUUACGUGAGAAGUUACGUUCAAGCCAUUAAUUAUCUCUUCAUACCGUUGCCAUUGCGGUUGUUUAUCUACUGGCUGCGCUGAGUAACUUUGAACUCGAAUUCCAAUAAAUCUCAGUGAAUGUGGUACGAAGAUAUCUUUGGCCCAUGGGGCCUGCUAAUUGUAAUUGUGAUAGGAGUAGGAAUCAUCCUGAUCGCGGUGCUACUGUUUAUUUGCUUCCUUAUACCUGGUUGCAUCGGCUACGAAUGUUUCAGAACACAAGGCAAGGAAGACAAAAGCGCGCCUCUGCGAACGAAGAAUCAAAAAAAGGACAAUUUAAAAUUAAAUGACGUCAGCUAUAGAUCUUGGAGACUCGGUAGUUUAUAUGAAAAUGACAACAAUGGUACUGUUAGCGAGAAUUCGGAAUCUCAUAGAGACUCGUUUAAUUCUACGAACGCUCAAUGCAAAAAUGCGGAGUAUUCUUCGACACUGAAUUUGAUUCAUACGGACAAACAGAAGAAUGAUAAAAAGACGAAAGAGUUUCCGACCGAACUGACAAUGAGCUUACAAUAUUUUCCGCCCUGCAAUGACAUUAUCACUGGAAAGCUUGUUAUCGGUAUUGAAGCGCUGAGUGGCCUUCCUCCAAAACAAUACAACGGAACGUUGGAACCUUACGUUGCGUUAAAUAUUAUGAAGCAAUCAUGGAGCCAUAAGAAACGACAAAAAUUACAUAGUUUUCGUACAAGAGGUAUCAGGCAUACCGCCAGUCCAAUUUACAAAGAGACUUUUAUUAUUGCAAACGCAAAACCACAGGAAGUUAAGGUAAAUUCUUUAUCAUACAUGAUAUUACAUACGUGAGAAAAAUAUUAUUAU